AACGCUUUCACAGGACGAUGGUACAGGAAUAGGCUGUGGGAGAGCUGUCUUCCUGGAAAAGGUAUUAUUUUACAGUCAUGAUAACUUAUUUUAUGGCUCAACCUAUAUAAGCAUGUUUCUGGCGUUGCUUUCAAGGCAGAGAGGUGAGAACUUGUACUCUGCGGUACUGGAAGGGUGUGUGUGUGUAAAGCAUCUAGUAAGCAACAGAUCUGAGAUUCAGAUAACAAUGAUUUCUAUUACCUCCGUUUAAGAACAAGGAAACCCGCCAGGCGGUGGUGGCACACGCCUUUAGUCCCAGCACUCAGAAGGCAGAAGCAGGCGGAUCUACAGAGCGAGUUCCAGGACAACCGGGGCUACGGUGUGUCCACUUUGUGUGACAUUUGAGAUGCCAGCGAGUCUCCGGGACACGGUAGUUUCAUCCGUAGACAGUUGACUACAAUUAAGCGAGAAGACCAGGGAUCUGGACCGUGGAAGCAGGUAUUUGGGAGGUACAUGGGCGCUCUCCCCCGCACCCGCGAGUUAGAGAAGAGUCUAACCGGCAUUUAAGAUGCCGUCAAACAGAGACGCGGCGGAGGAAUCGUCCUUGCCGUUCCCCGGGCCGCCACCUACACCUUAACGGGCCCAGUCGCCGCCUCCACGGACCCCCACCGAGUCACCUCUACGGAAAGCGAGAGGCCUCGGAAGGCGGGCAGCCCCGGCGAGCGAGCGAGCAUGGCUGCGUAGGCGUCCCUGGCCCCAGUAGCCCGCCAGCGGCGGGUUCUCACAGCACGCUCCGCACAGCGGACCCGCAAGCCCUCACCAUUUUCCCUUCAGCCUCGCUGUAGCAUGGGCGCGGUGACGACUCAGCGUCCCAUGAUGCCUUGCGCGCCGCGCCGCGCGGCUAUUGGCUCCGUAACUCGACUCCUUUUUUCAAAUUGAGGCGCCGAAUCGUUGCUGGCUUUGGUGCAGAGGCCAGCUGGGAGGUUCCGUCCGCCCGGUUGUUGCGGGACGGUGGCCACGACCCGAGGCCUGCGUGCACCGUGGAGACUCUGGCUGAGCUGCGAGACUCGGUCCUGCAGGCCGCGGCAGCACCGGACGAGAGGGAGCGGGCGCCCAGUCCCCCGCAGUGUCGGAGUCACCGCCAGGCCGGCAGGUUUUUGGCGCGAGCGUCAUGGCGUCCCAGCCGAGUUCUUCUUCGAAGAAGAAAGAGGAGAAGGGCAAGAACAUCCAGGUGGUGGUGAGAUGCAGACCAUUUAAUCUGACAGAAAGGAAAGCUAACGCCCACUCGGUAGUAGAAUGUGAUAAUGCACGGAAAGAAGUUAGUGUACGAACUGCGGGACUGACUGACAAGACCUCAAGGAAAACAUAUACUUUUGAUAUGGUGUUUGGAGCAUCUACGAAGCAAAUUGAUGUUUACCGAAGUGUUGUUUGUCCCAUUCUAGAUGAAGUUAUUAUGGGCUAUAACUGCACCAUCUUUGCAUAUGGCCAGACUGGCACUGGAAAAACUUUUACAAUGGAAGGUGAAAGGUCACCUAAUGAAGCAUAUACCUGGGAGGAGGAUCCUUUGGCUGGUAUAAUUCCACGUACUCUUCAUCAAAUUUUUGAGAAACUUACUGAUAAUGGCACUGAAUUUUCAGUCAAAGUGUCACUGUUGGAAAUCUACAAUGAAGAGCUUUUUGACCUUCUUAGUCCAUCUACUGAUGUCUCUGAGAGGCUGCAGAUGUUUGAUGAUCCCCGGAACAAGAGAGGAGUGAUAAUCAAAGGUUUAGAAGAAAUCACCGUGCACAACAAAGAUGAAGUGUACCAAAUUUUGGAGAAGGGGGCAGCAAAACGGACAACUGCAGCAACCCUAAUGAAUGCUUACUCCAGUCGUUCCCAUUCAGUUUUUUCUGUUACAAUACAUAUGAAGGAAACUACAAUUGACGGAGAAGAGCUUGUUAAAAUUGGGAAGUUGAAUUUGGUUGAUCUUGCAGGAAGUGAAAAUAUUGGGCGUUCUGGAGCAGUUGACAAGAGGGCCCGUGAAGCUGGAAAUAUCAACCAGUCCCUGUUGACUUUGGGAAGAGUUAUAACUGCUCUUGUGGAAAGAACACCCCAUAUUCCUUAUCGAGAAUCCAAAUUAACUCGAAUCCUGCAAGAUUCUCUUGGGGGUCGUACAAGAACUUCUAUAAUUGCAACCAUUUCCCCGGCGUCUCUAAAUCUUGAGGAAACUUUGAGUACAUUGGAAUAUGCUCACAGAGCAAAGAACAUAAUGAAUAAGCCUGAAGUUAAUCAGAAACUAACCAAAAAAGCUCUCAUUAAGGAGUAUACAGAAGAGAUAGAGCGUUUGAAGAGAGAUCUUGCUGCAGUCCGUGAGAAAAAUGGAGUGUACAUCUCUGAAGAAAGCUUUAGAGCCAUGAAUGGAAAAUUAACAGUUCAGGAGGAACAGAUUGUUGAGUUGUCUGAAAAGAUCGGUGUCCUUGAGGAGGAACUCAGUAAGGUUACAGAGUUAUUUGUGGAUAGUAAAAAUGAACUUGACCAGUGUAAAUCUGACUUGCAAACUAAGACCCAGGAACUUGAAACCACUCAGAAACAUUUGCAAGAAACAAAAUUGCAACUUGUUAAAGAGGAAUAUGUUUCUUCAGCCCUGGAAAGAACUGAGGAGAAGCUACAUGAUGCUGCCAGCAAGUUGCUUAGUACAGUUAAAGAAACCACCAGGGAUGUAUCUGGUCUCCAUUCAAAGCUGGACCGAAAGAGAGCAAUUGAUAAACACAAUGCUGAAGCUCAAGAUAGUUUUGGUAAAAACCUCAACAGUCUGUUUAAUAAUAUGGAAGAAUUAAUUAAGGAUGGCACCGCAAAACAAAAGGCUAUGCUAGAAGAUCAUAAGACACUGUUUGGUAAUCUCAUGUCUUCUAGUGUCUCUGCAUUAGACACCGUUACUGCAACAGCUCUUGGAACUCUCAUGUCUAUUCCACAAAGCGUGUCAGCUCGUGUCACCCAGAUCUCUGAUAUGAUAUUGGAGGAACAGUCGUUAGCAGCACAAAGUAAAACUGUGCUGCAAGGAUUGAUUAAUGAACUUGAGACUGACCUUCUUGGUUCCCUGAAGACCAUCUUAGCCCCUGGUGUGGUUUCCAUCUUGAACAUCAAUAAGCAACUGCAGCAUAUUUUCAGGACUUCAUUGACAAUGGCUGAAAAGAUAGAAGAUCAAAAAAAGGAAAUAGACGGUUUUCUAAGUGUAUUGUGCAACAACCUACAUGAACUACAAGAAAAUACAGUUUCUUCCUUGGGUGAAUCACAGAAACUUUGUGGAAACUUAAAUGAAGACCUGAAGACAAUAAAGGAAACCCAUUUCCAGGAACUUUCCCAGUUAAUCAGUAGUUGGACAGAGAGAUUCUGUGCUUUGGAGAAAAAGUGCGAAAACAUCCAGAAACCACUGAACAAUAUUCAAGAAAAUACAGAGCAGAAGGCUGCAGCUAUAAUCAACCAAACAACAGUUCAAAGUAAAAAACUAACUGCUGAUUCUGAUGUGUUAGUACAAGAACUCAGACACUUUAGUCAAGAAGGCACACAGUUGGUUGAAGAAUCUGUAAAGCACUGUGAUUCACUCAAUGGCAAUCUGGAAACUGUAUCUCAGGAGACUACACAGAAGUGUGAAUCUUUGAACACAAGCACAGCUUACUUUUCUGAACAGUGGGCAUCUUGCUUAAGCAAGAGGAAGGAAGAACUUGAGAACCUAAUGGAGUUUGUAAAUGAAUGUUGUGAGGCUACACGUUCAGAGAUCACUGGAAAACAGGGUGUGCAUGCAGCUGCCAUUGAGAACCAGCACACCUCCUUCGUCGUGCAGAUAACUUCAGAUGAUGAAACAUUAAAAGCAAGAAGUCUAGAGCUUGAUGAAACUAUAAAAACUGGUUUGACAAAGCUUAAUUGCUUUCUGCAGCAGGAUCUGAAACUAGAUGUCCCAACAGGUAUGACGCCAGAGAGGAAAAAUUAUUUAUAUCCGUCAACACUGGUGAGAACUGAACCACGGGAACAACUCCUUGAUCGGCUGCAAAAGGCACAGAGCAACCAAUCAAUGCUGCUAAGCUGCUCAGAAAGCGACAGAGAGGCCGGCCAGGACACAGAUGACAAGAAGGAGGUUCAGGAACAAUGUGCUGAAGAACUUUUGAGUCAAGAGACAUUUGUACGCACCAAUGUGGAUUGCUCUUCAAAUGGCGGUGUUCCGUUUUUCCAGCAUAAAAAGCCACAUGGAAAGGACAAAGAAAACAGAGGCAUUAACCCAGUGGAGAAGUCUAAAGCGGAAGAGACUUCAGAGCACUCUGUCACAAAAAGUAGACUGCCACUGCGAGCCUCAAUAAAUCUCUAACUCAUUUGAGGGCUAAGGCUUUCUCUUCUUAAAAAGUGAAACCUGAAACUUCAUAAUUUGAACUUGCAUACAGAUUACAAUGGGAUAGACUAUGUCCAAGACAUCACAGUAACUGUAGUUGAAUUGAGAAUCUUUUUUUUAUCAUCCUUAUAGUUUAAACAUGUAGCAAAUUUGGUUUCAUUUGGAAUUUAUAUUAUGUGUGUUUCUAGCUUAUAUAAAGUAGCUCUUCCGUAAUGUGUUGUUUUCUUGUAUAUUAUUAAAUACCAAAUAUAUGGAAAUUGUUCUUCCAGGCUUGGACUUAAAUAGAUGAAUGUCAUCUCCCUUCCUGUCUUGCUAGGCCUGAGUUCUGUAUGUAUUUUCUGACCUCUAACCUGUCUUUUUUGUUUUGUCUUCUUAACUCACCUCUCUCUUUUCCUGUCACUAAACCAUUUGUAGACCUACAGAAAGGUUUCCUUAUUAUGAGACUCCCAGGGCUUUACCUAGAAUUCUGGUUUCAGUGAUUACAGUCAUUGCCAAUAAUAAAGCAGACCCUAGAAGUCCCCUUCCUUCAGUACUGUUCAUUUGUUUAUCCUUCAAUAUGUAAGCAUCUCAUUCCUUCCCAAGGCCUAACACACUGGCUUCCACAGUUCACACACAGCCUCUUGGAGUGUCAGUUGCUGUUACAGGAGACCUAUUUAGAGCUCUGAUUUAUCCUUUGAAGUUCUACUCUAAGGCCUAUGUCUUUUAGAAAUGAUAAGACUUUUUUAGAAUACCAAUUAUGACUAUAACUUCUAUUUUGUCUAUCUUUUAAAACUUCAUUCUUUGUAUAUAAUAAAAUGUGUACAUACAUUCACUCUUAAAAUCUUAACCCUUGUACAACUGUAUUUCUGGAAGUUGGGCCAUUCCAAGUUGAAGAACCAGUGCACUUACCUAGAAGGAAUGAGUGAGAGAGUAAAUGUGGUCACAUCCAAUUUAGUGUAUGCAAUUUAAAGGGAUGUAACUUUUUAUGUUUUUGAGACAGUCUCGGUAGUAGCUCAGGCUAGCUUUGGACUCAAUUUUAUACGGCCCAAACUAUCGUAGAACACAGGACAACCCUCUAUCAUCCUUCCAAGGUCUGGGGUUACAGGCAUGUGUCACUUAGAGAUUUGACUUUGUAACUAAGAACUAAGCCUUAAUAGGAAAUUAAGAAAAUAAUGCUACUUCAAGAAAUUAAGUUUCCUUGUGUCAUCUCUCCAGCCCAUUGUAGACACAGAAAUGUUAAUUUAAUAAAAAUAAUGGAUAAAUUUCUCUGCAAACAAAUCUGUGGAUAUUAUCUAACAUGUUCUUGGUAAAUCUAUAAUUGGUAAAAUUUUUAAAUUAAAUUAUUUUUUUUUA